ACAAAGUCUCUCAGCAUAUACAUUACCAAGGCAUGCUCCCUCCACCGAGCACUCCGCGCUCCACCGCCGUUGUAGCUUUCACUCAAGCUGCUUUUCAUUACCGUGUGGUUUGCGAAGAUGGAGCUUAUGUCCGCGCCGGCCUAGAGCUAAGUUCGAGGCACUUAUACACGAUAGGAAGCCAAAGUACCAUAGAGGUUUUAGAGCGUUGUGUCAACAAUCAAGGGCUUGCUCGCCUGCGCACUCGAGAUGGAUGGAUCUCGGAGAUGCUGAAUCCACUCUCUGGACAGCGAGGGCCGAUUGUCGAAUUGGUUCCCCUACAACACCCUCUCAAAUUUCGAAUAACUUUCCCAGAUGGUGCCCUGGUUAGGAGUGGAAUUGAACUAAGCUCUGGCGUUGUCGGCACGAUACCUGCAGGCCAAGAGAUCGUGGUGACGGAAAAGCGUUUUUCAGACACGCCCUCCUACAGGUGUGUACCUCGCUUAAAGCUGGCGGAUGGCUUGGGUUGGAUAAGCAUGCGAAUCAAUUCUCCUCCGCCCAGUGAUGCAGAUGUUGUUGAGCUACUAGGCCUGGCGUGUUCAAGGGAAGUGGAUAAUU